AUGCCUCAGCGCAGCGAAAUCCAGGCCUGGCUGGCGCUCCAACCGGCCGGCAGCGGCGGCGGCGGCGGCGGCGGCGGCACCAUCUGCUCUCCCGACGCCUUCACUCCGGUCGCUGCAGCCUCGUUCACCGCCAACCCAUUCAACCCUCCUCACGGAGCUGGUCCGUCCAGUCUGUUGACCCUUUCUCUAGGCGCCCCAGCCAAUUGGGUCGCCUCUUCAGCCGCUCCUCUUGCCUCCACCUCGAAAUGUACAGACUCGUCUCUCGUGCCGUUGUCCAGGCCAACUGAGCUGACUCCGCGCGACGACCGGACGACGUUCACUCCUUGC